AUGCAACCACAUUUCCUACUGAUAUUAAUAGCAGCAGUUCUGAUCACCAACUUAUUUGCCUUCACAGAAUUAGGAUUCGAUGCAACAACAAGCGGUUGUUCUGUAGAACAGAAUGGGAAAACUGUUUGUCAAUGUUGCAAAAUAGCAUGUUGGUAUGAUGUUGCAAAUGCAGCAACAAACAAUCUCGGGCAUAAACCCGGUGAAAAUGGUGAACAAGAAGCAUUGGAUACGCUACAUGUGAUUCGUUUAUGCAUCUUUUUGAAAUGUCACAAUGUAUGUCCAAAAACUCCUCGAGGUUUAUUCAAAUUAAUGAACUAA